CCAACAUUCUGAUAGAACUUUAUCAAAAGUGUGGGAGCAAAGUGCAAAUCAAAAUUGCUCUCCUGAGAAUGAGUGUAUGGAGACAAAUUUGUUUGAUACUGAAAACACUCAAGAACUUGGUAAUUAUAAAUCUGUUCCAUUUCUAUCCAAAGAAGAAGAAGCCAAAGCUGGAAGCUCAAAAGACAUUCACCCUGAAGAAAAUGAAGCAUCACAUCUUGGUUUCAUAUGUUGUUUAAGUGGUAAUACUAAAGAGUCAGUGAGGGAUGUACAGUCAAUGAUAUUCAAUGAUAACACUUAUGUUUUUGUGCAAUUUACCACAUGUAUAGAAGUAUGGAGGCAUCAAGCACAUGAAGAUUGGAUGAAAAUAUUUAUUCAUCAAGUAGAUGAUGCUCUUCAAUUGAAAAAAUUAUGCCUCUUGAAAAAUGAGGAUUAUUUAUCGCUUGUCCUUUUGCUAACUAGUCAGCAUGAUCAUUGCCUGCAGUUUGUAUUGUUUGAGAGAAAUAGUAAAAUAAUAAAAGUGUUGGAGAAUUCUCAUUGGUUGAAUGAAGGGCAAUCUGCUGACACUGUGUUGUUGUGUGACUUGAAUGGAUUGAUGUUUGCCACGGCUCAAGGUGAUGACACUUUCAAGGUUCAUUCACACACUUUUGCCGAUAUGAACGACAACCCCCGCCUGAUCUCUGUCGAACUCGGAUCAACGACAAACCAUCUUUGCAGUAUCUGCAAGAUUGAGAAAUUGCCAAAUGCACUCAUGGGCAUCAGCUCAGGAACCCUCUAUGUUUGGCAUUUACUAGAAGCACGUUUGGUGACUGCAGUUACUCUACAACCUCAGGAUUAUUUGCCCAUAAUAGAUUGCAUAUGGGCUACUGUAGAAAAGGGUCUUGUAUUUUUUAUUACCACAACCAAAGAUGAAAAUAAUUUGAUUCUUAGUCAGCUAUUGGCAGCUAAUCUUGCUACUGGAUUCUGUCAGACAGUCAUACCUUUUAACGUGAGGCCUGCAAAGCUCAACGACCAAGAGUCUAACAAGACUGUCAAGGCAAAAUAUUGUGAACCCUACCUCCUUGUGUCCUACAAAAGCCAAGCUUUCUUCUGGUCUGUAAUGGACGAGUAUUGCUGUGCAGUCCUCGACGAAAAUCACAAGAUCACAGCUGUCACGGUGGGCCAAGACAUUGAAGGAUAUCAGCUUGUGGCAGUAGGCAAUAAAACAGGAUGUGUUAAUUUUUAUAAACUAAACUAAAACUAGUAAUCAAAAAGCGCCAAGAGAUCCCUUGAACAAUUUAGCACAUCUGUGGCAUUUCCAAAUUUUUGAUGAAAAUAUUUUUAUAUGCAUUUACAUGCAUCCUGUAUUAUUUUGAUUUUUCUGUCAUAUUAGAAAACAUUCAUGUUGUAAAUACAGCACUAAAUAGUUGAUUGUUUUUAGUGCAUUCAGAUGCAGUCAUAAAGUUGUUUUUCAUUGUUGUAUA